ACCGGCUCGGUUUCGGGAAGCAGCGCAGCAGCAGCAGCUUGUCGUCGGUCUCGAGAAGCGCUGACAGUGUGGGCGAAGGGGAAAUACGUUCAUGAUGAAGCCUGACUGUCGGCUCUUCUCUGAGUGACAGCUUUUUUUUUUUUUUUUUUUUUGUUAAUCUACAUCUUCAAAAAAAAAAAAAAAGUCGUCGUUAAACGGCCUGACCCCAUCAUGUCCAGAAGUGGCUGGUCGUCACGUUCGAGGCAGGUGUCCUUCCCAGACCAGCCCGAGCCCCCUCAGGGUCCGGGCGUCCAUGUCUACCUGUUCAUCUCGCAGGAUGGGGAGAGGUUUUUCUCCCACACCGGUGGUGACGUCACAGCCGAGGAGCUGUGCAUCUCAGCUGCAAAGGCUGUAGGUGUAAGUCCUCUGUGCCAUGUGCUGUUUGCUCUGUACAACCCGCUGACCCGCUGCUGGUACAGCCCCAACCACGUCUUCAGUCCAGAGGAAAACUCCAGCCUCGUCGUUUACUACUGCAUGAGGUUUUACUUUCGGAAUUGGCACGGACUAAAUGAUAAGGAGCCAACUGUAUCCCGCUAUGCUCACAAGUCGGGGAACACUCAGGGUUCUCCUCUGCUUGAAGUCACAUCCCUGGAGUACUUAUUCGCCCAGGCUAAAUAUGAAUUUGUGAAUGAAGUGGUGCAGAUGGAAGACAUCGUGUCAGAGGGGGAGCUAAGUCGCUUCAAAAACGAGAGCUUGGGCAUGGCUGUGCUUCACCUCUCACACCUGGCAGUACAAACAGACAAAACCCUACAAGAUGUCGCCAAAAAAGUCAGCUUCAUACGCUGCAUUCCAAAGUCUUUCGCCAAGCUCAUUUAUGAUGACAACUUCCUGACAAAACUGCGGAUCCGCCGGGUGUUUGCAGACUUUGUAAAGACCUUCCAGCAGCACACUGUGGCUAAAGGGCGGCUGGGCUCCCACGAGAUCAUGUACAAGUACAUCUCAACUCUCGAACACUUGGCGCCACGUUUCGGCAUAGAGACGUUCCCUGUAUCCCACCUGGAGCAGAGAAAGGACGGGGUCGUGAGCAGCUUUUACUCCGACACCAAUUAUGCGCAGGGCGUCUCGAAAGUCAACUACAUAGCUCCUGCCACACAUGAAAUAAUGGUGUCUGGAACCAAGGGGAUUGAGUGGAGGGAGGCGCCUGGUCCGAAGGCCCAGGCCAACUCUUACCUGAGGAGUGACCCUCUGAACUACAUGAGGAGACCAAAGCAACAGUCCAGCCAAUCGAAUGAGAACACUCCCAAUAAGUGGACCUCCUUCUGUGAUUUCCCUGAAAUAACUCACAUAGCCAUUACUGGAGCUAAUGUGUGCAUUAGCACUCAGGACAAUCACUGCAUGGAGGUUCAGAUGAACUCCAGCCAGGAGGCCCGUUCCUUCGUCUCCCUCCUCGAUGGGUACUACCGGCUGACUGCAGACGCCCACCACUACGUUUGUCAUGAAGUGGCUCCCCCAAGGGUCUUGCUGAGUGAAGCAAACGGACUGCACGGACCGAUGCAGGAUGAUUUUGUGCCACUGAUCCUGAAAAAGAUGGCAGCAGAGGAGGGCGCUUUCCUCGUACGUUGGAGUGCUCUCGACUUUCACCGCAUCAUCCUAGCUGUCCUGAACAACAAAAAUCAGAACGGAUCGCCGCUAAGCCACAAGCAGUUUCGGAUUCAUUACAAGGGGUCGAAGUUCUGUCUGGAAGGCUGGGACAAAGAAUUCUCCAGUUUGAAGGAGCUCACAGACAGCCUCAAGACGUUUGUACUCAAAUCUGGUUCGGAAAGCUUCACCGUCAAAAAGUGCUGUUUGCCAAGGCAGUCAGAGAAAACCAACCUUCUGGUGAAGAGGGAGGGUGUCGAUCAUGGAGUUCACCCACUUUCCCUGAACACGACCCUUCGCUUCCACCAGAUCAAGGACGGAGAAAUCAAAAAGGGGCAGCAUUUGGGCCGUGGGACCAGAACUAACAUCUACCUGGGACGUCUGAAGGUGAAAGGUGAAGGAAAUGGCAACGAGGACGACAAGUGCAACAACAACUCAGCCAACUGCAGGGAGAUCCAAGUGGUUCUCAAGAGUCUAGACGAAAGCCACAAAGAUAUUGCACUAGCGUUUUUUGAAACUGCGAGUCUCAUGAGCCAGGUAUCCCACAGCCACCUGGUGUUUGUACACGGCGUGUCAGUCAAAGGAUCCGAAAACAUCAUGGUUGAAGAAUAUGUGGAGUUUGGGCCUUUGGAUGUUUUCCUUCGCAAAGAAAAGACAUCGGUGACUCCUCAGUGGAAAUUCAUUGUUGCAAAACAACUUGCCAGUGCCCUGAGUUACCUUGAGACCAGUCGACUUGUUCAUGGAAACGUGUGCGCCAAGAACAUCUUGGUGGCGAGGCGCGGCCUGGAGCCAGGGACCACUCCUUUUGUCAAGCUGAGUGACCCAGGAAUCGCCCUGAAUGUCCUUUCACGGGAAGAGCGUCUCGAGCGUAUCCCGUGGAUUGCUCCUGAGUGUGUGGACAAAGGUGAAUCUAUUGGCAAUAAUUGUGACCAGUGGAGUUUUGGAGCAACGCUGCUCGAAAUCUGCAACAACGGAGAUCUUCCCAUGGGUGGCAGCACGUUGUCUGAGAAAGAGUGCUUCUAUCAGCAAAAGGGCCGUUUAGCUGAACCGUCCUCCCAGGAGCUGGCCAGCUUCAUCAGCAUGUGUUUGACCUACGAGCCUGCUGAGAGGCCUACGUUCCACACCGUGCUCGGAAAGCUCACAGAAAUAAUGAUCAAAAAUCCUGAUAUAUCUCCAAGUGAAAAUCUGCCUGACAAAGACCCUAGCAUGUUCCAUAAACGCUACCUGAAAUGGAUGAAGGAUUUAGGCGAGGGUCACUUCGGAAAGGUGACUCUCUACUUGUACGACCCAGCCAACGAUCGCACAGGGGAAUUUGUGGCAGUGAAGGCUUUGAAACAAGAGGAUGGGAAUGUGGAGAGCUGGAUGAAGGAGAUUGAGAUCCUGAAGUCGCUUUAUCACAGCAACAUUGUCAAGUACAAGGGCUGUUGUACUGAACUGGGAGGACAAGUGGUGCAGCUGAUAAUGGAGUACCUUCCUAAGGGGAGCCUGAAGGAUUACCUUCCCAAACAUAAACUGAGCAUGCCCCAGUGCCUGAUGUUUGCUCAGCAGAUCUGUGAGGGUAUGGAGUACUUGCACUCUAAGAGAUACGUUCAUCGAGACCUCGCUGCCCGCAAUGUCUUAGUUGACAGUGACAGUUUGGUAAAGAUCGGAGACUUUGGCCUGACGAAAUACAUCCCUGAAGGUGAGAUCUACUACCGUGUCCGUGAGCAUGGGGACAGCCCGGUGUUCUGGUACGCCAUUGAAUGCUUGAAGGAGAAUAAAUUUUCCUUCUCCUCUGACGUUUGGUCCUUUGGCGUUACAUUGUAUGAGAUCCUGACGCGCUGUGACCCGCGCAAAAACCCACUAAUGAAGUUCAAGGAAAUGAUGGAAACCAAGGGACCGAUGACUGUGAUGGAACUCAUCAAACUGCUGGAGAGAAAUAAGCGCUUGCCAUGUCCCAAAGACUGCCCACCAGAGGUGAAGAUGUUAAUGGAGCAGUGUUGGGCUGCAGAUCCGAGGCAACGACCAACAUUCAGAUCCCUCAUUGAGAAGUUCGAGGGUAUUCGGCGAACUUUCGACUGUCACUCUAAUAUAAACUUUUCUUUGGCUCAGAUCUGCUGAUCAGAACUGUGAAGAUCUACUCGACUACAUCUCAUCACUUUGCUACCAUGGCAACCGUAUAUCACAGUGUAGCCAGUAAUGUGUCUGCUGCUGUGCAAUGCCUGCCGCCUCCAUUUACAUAGAUGUCUUUAUACUUCUGGUUUGUUUUUAACAUAAGCACACUUCUGUCCUCUAAUAUGUUAUACGGUUACAAUGAUAAACUCAAUCAGUGCAUCUUUGUCUUGGCUGAUGAGUAGAACGGUGGUACCUUGAGCAGUCAGUGUCAGCUUUUGUCUUAUAAAAAAAAAAAAAGUAUAGAUUUGCAUAUAUCACAUUAAGUAUUAAGAAUUUCUGUAAGGUUGGGAGAUUACUGUUUCACUUAAUGUUUAAGUUUUGUAAACUUUUUGAGUAUAUGUUGAUUUUGUAUAAACCAAAAAUAACAAAUAUAAAAUCUAAUAAACCAUUUCUAACAUACCCUU